AUGCGUGUCUCCGUCGUUGCCGCUGCCCUCGUGGCCUCUGCUGCUGCCUCUUACAACUACACUGAGCCUGUGGUCUAUACCACUGAAAUUGUCAGCGAGUAUACGACCUACUGCCCAGGCCCAACCACCAUUGCCCAUGGCACCAAAACUUACACUAUCACUGAGGCCACAACUUUUACCGUGACGGAUUGUCCUUGCACGAUCUCUAAGCCAGUCGCGCCUAGCACCCCAGUGUAUACUCCCCCACCGGUUGUGCACACUUCCGCGGCUCCUUACCCAAGCUCCAACGCUUCCGUACCCGUCUAUACGCCUCCUGCUGGUACUGCCGCCCCUACGAGCGUCGCACCGACUUCUCCCCCAGCUUUCACAGGCGCAGCUUCUCGAUUCGCUGCUUCUGGAGCCAGUCUUGCUGCCAUCUUUGGUCUCGCUGCCUACGUUUUGGUUCCUGCCACCAAGCUCACGUCAAGUCAUGGAGGAAACUGGUGUGUGGUCUAG